AUGGCCUCUGAUCGUGAUGUGUUUGAAUGUGUUUGGCUUGAUAACACUGCUGAUGCAACUGAAGAAAAUAAAGAUAUUCAAAAGAAACUUCGUCUUAUCAUUGAACAUUUACGUUUAUUUGAUAAAAUUGAAACAUGCGAAACAUAUCUUCGAAAUGCGACAAAAGCAUCAAUUAUUUUAAUCGUCUCUGGUUCGUUUGGUCGACAAUUAAUUCCGAAAAUUCAUGACCUUCCACAAUUAAUUGUCUUUUAUGUAUUUUGUCAAAAUAAGAAAAGUAACAAAGAAUGGGCAAACAAAUAUAAUAAAUUAAGCACUGUUUGUACAGAUAGUUCCGAAUUAAUCAGUUGUGUUUCAAAAGAUCAAAGCACUCGAACAGGUUUAGAGGAAAAUCCAUUGAUAUCUGUUAUCAGUUCGACAGGUGACACAAUGGAAUCUCGAAAUGCUAACUUUCUCUGGUUUCAAUUAUUUAUCGAAAUUCUUCUACGAAUGCAUCACAAAGUUAGUGAUCGACAAGAAAUGAUUAGUAUUUGCAAGAGAAACUAUACGAAUGACACAAAAGCUUUACAAAUGAUCGAUGAAUUCGAAAAAGAUUAUUCUUUAAAUAAAGUUAUCUGGUGGUAUACUCGUGAUACAUGUUUUUAUAGAAUAAUAAAUAAAGCAUUACGUGAUCAAGACUUUGAUAUGUUAUUUGUUUUUCGUACAUUUAUUACAGAUAUUGCGAAACAAAUUCAACAAGGUUAUGAAUGUUUCAUUCGAACAAAUGGAAGUCGACAGAAAAUAUUCGUCUAUCGAGGACAAAUGACAAGUAUGGCGGAGUUGAAUUUAAUGCAAAAUAAUCUCAAUGGAUUUUUAUCGAUGAAUUCGUUUUUAUCGACAAGUCGUGAUCGUUCGAUUGCAUUGACAUUUACUCAUCGUCAUUCGUCAUCUUAUCGAGGACGAAAUCGUUUACAACCAAUAUUAUUUGAAAUUGAAAUCGACCCAAAAUUACGAACAAAAGCGUUCGCUGAUAUCAGUAAGCAAAGUGACUUUCAAGGAGAAUAUGAAAUAUUGAUUAUGCUUGGUGCUUUAUUUUGUAUUCAAAAAGUAUUUGAAGAUAAAAACGACAACGUAUGGAUCGUACAAGCGAGUUUAGCAAGCGAUGAUGAUUAUCAUUUGAAAGAAUUAUUUUCUCAUAUGAAAAAGAAAAUUGGUGAUGACACUGAUCUUGAUACUCUUGGAAGACUUUUAAUACGAAUGGAUGAAAAUGAACAUGCUAGAAAGUGUUAUCAACGGAUGUUAAAAGAAACACAACUAACUUUAGGCAAUGCUCAAUUAGGACUUGGAUGGGCUUCAUUGAGGUGUCAUGAUUAUCAACAAGGUCUUGAGCAUUUUCAACAAGCAUUAGAUAUACGACAACGUCUGCUAGGUGAAGAUCAUCCAGAUGUUGCCGAAGUAUUCAGUUUUCUCGGUGAAACUUAUCGAAUUAUGCACGAUUAUGACCAAGCUCUAAUAUAUUUAAUUCAAGCAAUGACUAUUGAAGAAAAAACACUUUCAUCGAGUUCUCUUAAUCUAGCAGCCACAUAUGAUACAUUGGGUACAGUCUAUGCAAAGUUAGAACAAUAUGAUCUUGCUUUAAAAUAUUAUGAAAAAGUUUUAAACAUUCGUCAGACAGUUUUACCAUCAGAUCAUCCUCAAUUGGCGGCAAUUAACCGUAAUCUCGGAUGGUUAUUCGAAGAACAGGGAGAACAUUCGAAAGCUUUGAAAUAUUAUCAGAAAUCAUUAGAUAUUGCACGACGAACAUUAUCUAUUAAGCAUGGACUCGUCACUGGCGCACAAGACAGUAUUCAACGAUUAAAAGCGAAAAUGAAACAGUCAUGA